AUGUGGAUAAACACACUCAAGGAAUGCAGUAGAUGCAAGUUUGCUGUAGGCGUUCCUACAUCUUCUCUGGAUAGGUGUCUUAUGCUUUGGAGGCUGAAGGCACAGUGCAGAGCGUUCAGAUUUGCAGGUCACACGGACGCUGUGACGGGCGUGCAGUUCUCCCCGGAUGGGCAACUCGUUGCUUCGUCUUCUCAGGACCGUACGGUCCGACUGUGGAUUCCCUGCAUUCAUGGAGAAUCAUCGGUACUAAAAGGCCACACGGCUCCUGUUCGUAGCGUGAGCUUCUCACACGACGGCCAUUUUCUAGUUUCAGCAUCCAAUGAUAAAUCAAUAAAAAUAUGGAGCGUUCACCGUCUGCGCCUCUUCUUUUCUAUAUCCCAGCACACUCGCUGGGUUCGCUGUGCCAGAUUUUCACCUGAUGGAAGGCUAAUAGCAUCUUGCAGUGAAGAUAAAACUGUUAAAAUAUGGGAUACAAGAAAUAAAACAUGUGUUGAUAGCUUCAUAGAUUAUGGAGGAUUUGCAAAUUUUGUGGAUUUCAAUCCAAGUGGUACAUGUAUAGCUUCCGCAGGCUCCAAUCAUACAGUGAGACUGUGGGAUAUUCGAAUGAACAAGCUACUACAGCAUUACAGAGUUCACAGAGCAGGGGUUAACUGUGUGUCGUUCCAUCCUUCGGGUAACUAUCUCAUCACUGCUUCUACUGAUGGCACCCUUAAGAUUUUGGACCUCUUAGAAGGAAGGCUUAUUUACACACUUCAUGGACACAAGGGACCAGUCCUUUCUGUGGCUUUUUCAAAAGGUGGUGAAAAAUUUGCCUCAGGCGGAGCAGAUGCUCAGGUCAACCCUAGCUUUGAUGUGGCUGAUACGCAAACACUCGAUCCCCCCGUCGUAGAGAUAAGUUCCUCUUCAUCUUUCAAUACUCUGAUAUCUGGUAGUUCUCUAGGAAAGAAAAGGUAA